AUGGUCGGCAACAGCGCGAGACGCAUCCACCUCGACCGAGCCCUCGACGACAUGGUCCUCGUCGGGGAACACCAAGACGCCAAUAUCAUCACCGUCGAAGAAGACGACGACGACAACUCGGCAUCCGACAAGGAGAACGAAACGGUGCUCACGCCCAAGCGUCCCAACGCAGCCCUCGCCCUGACUUUUGACCACCGGCCCAAGGGCCUCCACGGCUUCGUCAUCGGCACCGACCCCCGCACCUGCGACAUAGUGCUGCCCAAGCUUCGCGGCAUCAGCCGCCGCCACUGCCACAUCACCUUUGACGCCGAGAAGCGCCUCGUCGUGCGCGACACGUCCAAGCACGGCACCGCCGUCUGGUACGACGGCCACAGCAACGGCUACCGCCGCCGCACCUGCUGGCCCCUGAGCAGCGGCUUCUCUUACGGCUUCCCGGCCAUGGUGCGGACCAUUGUCAUCGACAUCCAGAGGGUGCGCUUCCAGGUCGUCGUCAACGAGUGCCUGCCGCGCAUGGACGCCUACGAGGACCUCGUCGCGGGCUUCCUCUCCUCCGUGGCGGCGGCGAGGGCGGCGGCGCCGGCUCGGGAGCCGCCGCGCGGGGAGAACUCGCUCGUCCCCGCGCCGCUGCGCGUGCAGCGUCCCGUCUUUGUCAAGUACACCGUCGAGUCUGGCGACGACAAGCAGCCGGACACAUAUCUCUGGAACAGCGCGAGGCCGUGGGAGCCGAUGGUCAAGGUCGACGCGUGA